AUGCGUAGGCAAAUUGACCGGGGCAGUGUUGACAUGAACAUAGCGUUGAUUAGCUGCAUCUUGUUCAUCUGCAUAGAAACGCUGCAGGGGCGAGUGGAAGAGGCGCUACGACUGUACCAGCAGGGAGUCAGUCUCAUCUUCGAGCUGCGGGCAGGUGGUAGGACGAGGUCUUGUCCAGACUCCACCCUUUUGGAAGACAUGAUCAUCCCUGUUUUCGUGCGACUGGGCACAAUUGCGCUAAGUAUUUCAGGCGUCCCUGUCAGUGGCCUGUUUGACGAAAAGCAAGGUCGUACUGGAAACACGUUCUCCUCGCUCAGCUCGGCCCGUCUUGCAAUGACGGCUCUCGCUGCAGAGGGCAUGAUCUUCCAGCGCACUGUUGAGGAGUAUUUUGCGACCAAAGGCCACGAAUGCCCCGUUCCCAUAGCAUUCAAGAGCAAACAAGAAGAUAUCCAGCAACGGCUGGCAGAGUGGCACCGAGCCUACACCAAGUUAGUCAACUCGUCUGACCAGUCGGAACUGCCGAGGAGUGUGACGUCUCUCUUGCUUUCCUUUCAUGCUGCCACAUCAAUUAUUACCACCGUUUCCACCGAGCAGCUGGAGACUGCAUACGACGCUUUUCUACCCCAAUUCCGGCUCAUUCUUGAACAGUCCGCUGUCCAUCUUGAAGCUUCGGCAGGCCCAAAUGGCAAGCAGCCGCCCUUCACCUUUGAGAUGGGGCCUGGUCUCUCGUUGUUCCUGACCGCUAUUAAGUGCCGUGACCCGUGGCUACGCCGAAGAGCCUUGGAAUUAUUGAGAAGGGCACCUCCACUGCAAGGGCUGUACAAGUGUCCACCGGGUGCGACAUUGGCGGAAGCUUUUAUGAAAUUGGAGGAAUCCGGGUCUGCGUUUGAUGCACCUGACCCUGAAUGUGCAGGUUCUUACGGCGAAAGCACCCUUCGGAUGCAUCCCGUUUUAGAAGGACAAAAUGCAAGGAUUGAGAAGUCCAUGAUACCUACUACGGCCCUGAUACCGGAGGAGUCCCGAAUCCAUGGCUACUGUGUUUUCCGGCCGCGAGACGAUCCCGGGCCACUAGGUGAUUUGGACAUUUCCAAGUGGAAUCGGAGUCCUGAUCAGAUUUACUUGAAGUUUUCACGGAAUCGAUUUGACGAGAAUACAAGAGCGUGGCGAAUGGUCCAUGACAUUGUUCCGAUUGACUAUUGA